CUGUGCGCGCUCCCGAGCGGCUGGUACUUAACGCGUCUCGUCUCUGCUACAGAAGGAGCACGAAUGUGUCCACCGAGCUAACCAAUGAAUUACGACAAAGUGGGGAUUUGUGUCCAUUGCUACGCUAUACAUUUACCCAUUUGGCUGCAGUGAGCUGAAGGAUACUUCGUCCGAGAGGUCCCCACAUUUCAAGAGAAGACGAAAGCCUUAUUUGGAAAUCUUAUGGACGAAGAAAUGAGUCGCCAGACUGCCACCGCGCUGCCCACAGGAACCUCCAAGUGCCCCCCCUCUCAGCGCGUGCCCACCCUGUCAGGCACGACAGCCUCAAACAGUGACCUGGCCAGCCUGUUCGAGUGCCCUGUGUGCUUCGACUAUGUCCUACCCCCCAUCCUGCAGUGCCAGUCGGGACACCUGGUAUGCUCCAAUUGCCGGCCCAAACUCACCUGCUGUCCCACCUGUCGAGGCCCUCUUGGCUCCAUCAGGAAUCUGGCCAUGGAGAAGGUGGCAAACUCGGUCCUCUUCCCCUGCAAGUACGCAUCGUCGGGCUGUGAAGUCACCCUGCCUCACACUGACAAGACGGAGCAUGAAGAGCUGUGCGAGUUCCGGCCGUACUCCUGCCCCUGCCCUGGAGCAUCCUGCAAGUGGCAGGGAUCCUUGGACGCUGUCAUGCCACACCUGAUGCACCAGCACAAGUCCAUCACCACACUGCAGGGGGAGGACAUUGUGUUCCUGGCUACAGACAUCAAUCUCCCGGGCGCGGUGGACUGGGUGAUGAUGCAGUCCUGCUUCGGCUUCCACUUCAUGCUGGUCCUGGAGAAGCAGGAGAAAUACGACGGCCACCAACAGUUCUUUGCCAUCGUGCAGCUCAUCGGGACUCGCAAGCAGGCCGAGAACUUUGCCUACAGGCUGGAGCUUAACGGGCACCGGCGCCGCCUGACCUGGGAGGCCACACCACGUUCCAUCCACGAGGGCAUCGCCACGGCGAUCAUGAACAGCGACUGCCUGGUGUUCGACACGUCCAUCGCACAGCUGUUCGCAGAGAACGGCAAUCUGGGCAUCAACGUCACCAUCUCCAUGUGCUAAGAACUUUUCAAAAGAAGAGGGUCAAAAAGUUACAGACUGUGCAAGGGGGCAUUUUUUUGGGGGGCAAAUAAGUUGUGACCUCACAGCGCCCCCCCAUCUCAGCCUCACCCCUUGAAAAGUGGAACUGGACUGUCUGAUCAGGCAGUUGUGGAGACCCAUGGGGUGGGAUGGAUGGAUGGAUGAAUGAAUGGAUGGAUGGAUGGAUGGAGGGAUGGAUGGAGGGAUGGAUGGAUGGAUGGAUGGAUGGAGGAAUAUAUACACAUGGACAUGGCUGUGUAGUGAUGGCUAUAGACUUCUUAAAACACAAACGUUUAAGUGAGACUCAUGCACGCACAUGCAGUCUCUUGUCUAUUGGUCAUAAACACGGCCACAAACUGAGAAGCUGUUCCGUCGAGCCCCCCUCCCCCCUUCCUCUCUUUAUUUCCGUUUCCCUCUUACCCUCAGUCAUCCUCACACUUUCAAACAGUACAGCAGCUCUCCAUCCUCCUCACAGAGCGGAGGCUGCUCACUCAAGCUAGAUUUCAACAAGGACUCCUGGUCAGUGCGGGGUAGCUAGCCAGCUAUUUAGCGCACACCCCGAAAUAAUCCUGCUGCUUUUAACCCACCUCAGAACUAUCUGCACCUCCUGGAUCGAACGGUUCACACUCCAAACACACACAGGGCUCCACAUACUCGUCUGUGGCUGUGUUUCUCCACAGCGGGCAUCUCCAUGUAUUCACUUGCUCAAACUGAAACCCAGAGCAGACAACGUUCCAAACAGCAGAUGAGGAGAACUAUCUCCUCCUCUGACAGAUGUGGCCAUCGCUGGCCAUGACUGGACAUGUUACCCAUAGGAACGGGGCGGCUGUAGCACCGAUACAACCACACACACUCAGUUAUGUCCAGGAUGACUGCAGUGAAUGAACUGGGUCUACCGAGCAUCCAUCUGGUCUCCUUCCGGCCCACAUCUGGACCACACGGGUUCACCCGAAGCUAAAGAUUGUGCAUCGGAUGCUCUUUAAAUAGUUGACCGUCGUCAUUGAUAGUUCAUAGAACAGACUCUGCUCUCAUACUGUACGGAUUGAAGGAGGCGCACGGCGAUGUCCGCCCUGGAUGUUUGUUUUAUUUACAUUUUCAUGGAUUGGACUCAAACAGUGGAGGUCUCACAACACACUGAACACAUACCUGUUCUUUGCAUCACAGGCAGUGUGUGCAGGUGUAAAUGUGGAUGAAUUAACUGUAUGUCAGAGCAUUUUCAACUAUUUUUUGUUUGUUUUUCAAAGCGAGGAAAAAAAUACACUGCAUUUCAGUUGAGUCAGCAUUUUCUUUUGGGUUUAUUUCUGAAGUACGUUAUUUCUUUUUAAUUAUUUAGUGUUUUUGUAUGAGAGGAGAGAAGAACUCUUUCUUUGUCUGUGUAUGUCUGUGAAUGUGUGUGAGUGUGUACAUGUGUAUGUGUGUGACAUGGACAUGUGGCAAAAAGCCUGCUCACUUCCUCCUGUCUCAUCUCCCUGCUCUUCUUCUUCUUCUUCUUCUUUCAUUUCUUCUCUUCCUCCGUCUCGCUCUGUCUGCUGUCAGUGUCGGCCUCAACCACUGAUUGACUGAUCACCUAACCAGGAAUGAGGGACAGUUUCUACCGUUACAAUGUUGCUAUUGUUAUUAUUAAAUGGAGAUUAUCAUAAUUAUCAUUUUUGUAAUGACUUUUAAAAACAAAAAUUAAAAGGCAGUUGUAAAACUUGUGGCUAAACUUCAGUGUUUGUAGUUAAAAAGCAAGUUGUGUCGUUCUUCUGAAGGUUUGUUUUUUUCCCCAGAUGGAUUCUUUUUUCCUCAUAUAUUUGUCUCUCUGUCCUCUUGUUUGUGUGGUAAGUCUUUUAUUUUCCUUUUUUGUCUAAGAGGAGGGAGGGAGGUCAAGCCAAUCAUCUCUCCCUUGCUCUUCGUGUGGAGUCUCAGUAAUGUUGCUGCUCUCCCUCAAACUCCUUGACUCUUUCUGUUUUAAUUUGUCAUUAAAUAAAUCUAUCUUUUUCAUA